ACUUUUAUGGUGAUGAUGAGCUUUAUGAACAUUGCAGAAGUAGUCAUGAACAGUGUCAUAUUUGCUUACGAGCUGGACUAGAAACUCACGGAUCCUACGUUAGUGGGCAGAGAGCAAAACAACAGGCUAGGCGGAUUGAAGUAAAUUUUAUAUCUUACGGUGAAUCAAGAUUUAGGAAUCGUCAGAGAAAUCAGGAAAGGCAAGUGUCAGAAAUUAGAAGUGAAAAUAGAAGUGAUGACAAUGAUGGUGGUGGAUCUACAAUUGAAGAAGCUGUUCAACAAAUACGGAACAUGAAUAUUUCAAGAUCAAACUCUUCUUCGAGUGGUGGUACAAAUGCCAAUGCAAGAGUAGUAAGACCACCUCCAGGUUUUGGUGUUUUGUCUCAUAAUGAAGUUAUCAGUCCACCAGAUGAACCACCCCCACCACCUCCACAAAAUGUCCAACGUAAUAGAACUCCUAAUCCUACUGUUUCUCGCGUGAGGGAUGAUGAAUUUCCAACAUUAAGUGCUGCAUCCAGGGUCACUAGUAACGCUGGCAUACCUCCUAGAAAUUAUAGUGAAAAGGUGCGUGGCAGCAGAUCAUUAGUGACCAAUAAGUCAAAUCCUACGUCGCAGCAACGAUCAACGUCAACUGGGAAAGGCAAAGCAUCAACAUCAAUCAUUCAACCCAUGCAAGGUUCAAGCAGUGGUUCUUCCUCAAAAGGAAAAGAGUUGGCACAUAUGAACACGGAAUUUCCCGCGUUGGAGCCUAGUUCCCCACCUCAGAAGACC